UAAAUAGCCUCUUCCGUUGUGAUGUGAAUCGGUGCAUACUCAGAGCAAAACGACGUCUCCAAAAAAACCUUGGUUCUUUUGUCUGUACUCUCUUCACUUUUCUUUUUCUUGCCAAGUAGGAUGGGGAGAGGUAAAAUAGUGAUAAGGAGGAUCGACAACUCGACGAGCAGACAAGUGACGUUUUCGAAGAGGAGGAACGGAUUGUUGAAGAAGGCGAAGGAGCUGGCGAUCCUGUGCGACGCCGAAGUAGGAGUGGUAAUCUUCUCCAGCACCGGCAGGCUCUACGAUUUCGCCAGCACCAGUAUGAAAUCAGUAAUUGAAAGAUACAAAAAAUCAAAAGAAGAUCAUCAUCAACUAGCGAACCAAGCCUCUGAAGUAAAGUACUGGCAACAAGAAGCAGCAAUAUUAAGGCAACAGUUGCAGAAUUUGCAAGAAAAUCAUCGACAAAUGAUGGGUGAAGGGCUUUCUGGUUUGAGUGUAAAUGAUCUGCAGAAUUUGGAGAACCAAUUGGAGAUGAGUCUUCGGGGUGUUCGCACGAAAAAGGACCAGAUUCUAAUGGAUGAAAUACAAGAACUAAACUAUAAGGGGAAUCUCAUUCACCAAGAAAAUAUGGAACUCUAUAAGAAGGUAAACCUGAUUCGUAAAGAGAAUAUCAAACUGAAUAAGAAGGUAUAG